AUGGGAAAUAUCACCAAAAGCGAGGACUGUCUGGUGCUUAACGUAUGGACCCCUACUGUCCGCACCGAUUAUCCACUAAAAGCGCCCCUAAAACCGGUCAUGUUUUGGAUAUAUGGCGGCGGUUUGAUUGUCGGCUCAGCAUUUCAGCAACAAUACAACGCUAGCCUUUUGGCCACCAAUGAUGUGGUGGUUGUGUCCGUCAACUAUAGGUUAGGACCGUUUGGUUUCCUAUACGGGGAUCGGGAGGACGCGCCCGGAAAUGUCGGCUUUUAUGACCAGUUGUUGGCACUCAAAUGGGUUAGAGAAAACAUACAUUUGUUUGGCGGAGAUAGGGAUCAGAUCACCAUUUUUGGUGAGAGCGCCGGCAGUAAGUCUGUGUCGGCACAUAUUAUAUCGCCGUUAUCUAAAGGCCUAUUCAAGAGAGCUAUUAUGCAAAGCGGGGCACUGUUUUACAAUAAGCACAGGUAUCCUAUGGUAAAGUCCGAGGCAUUACUCGUUAGCAAACAAUUGGCCAAAAAUAUGAAUUGUAGUGAAGAAGAAGAGGACAAUUGGUUGGAGUGUUUGCGCGGUUUUGAGGCCCAGGAGCUGAUGGACGGGUACGACACCAGACGCCAACUUUCUGCCCUAUCGGACACUGAAUUUCUACCAAUGAAUGCACAGAAUAUGUUUGAAAAUAAGUUAUUUAAUAAAGAUUUAGAUAUAAUGGCCGGUGUUAUGCGAAAUGAGGGCUCAAUUCAAAGCCAGAGUUUAGUGAAACCAAAUCUAACUGAAAAGGAUUUUAAUGAAUUUGUGACAAUUAUUGACGCGUUUUACCAUAAUUUCGAUGAAAAACUAGUGACAGAUUUCUACCUGAAAUCUAUUGAUAAAAACAGUUCCGAUGCACUAAAAUGGGCUGAAUAUGACAUGUUUGGUGACCUAAUGACUACGUGCCCGACCUAUAGAUUCGCCAAAGCCUAUGGCCAGUUGGGAGGCGCCGGUGGUGUGUAUUUCUAUGAGCAGACAUAUCAACGCAAAUCAUUUUUAGAUGAAAAAGUUUAU